GGGCCCGGGCCGGUGACACAGCACGGGGACAUCGGGGCUGGGCCGGGCCGGUGUCACAGCACGGGGACAUCGGGGCCGGUGUCACAGCACGGGGACAUCGGGGCUGGGCCCGGGCUGGUGUCACAGCACGGGGCCGGGCUCGCCCUGCCGGUUACGGUGGUUGCCGUUCCCGCCUCGGUGUUUACCCCGCGAUCGGCAUCUUCCUCAGGCAAACAAGGCUUUAGGCCUGAAGGUGAAGCAGGCGCAAGCCGGCCUCUUAUCUGCGCUGACUCCUGGGACAUUGAGAGAAACAGUUGUACCACUAAAAAUGUAAACCAAACAAACCCCAAAUCAAGCCCCCCAUCAGCAACUUUAAUUCUGUUGAAAAGAUGGGGAAUGCUGAAAGCAAUGCCUAUCAGAAUCACCUUUCCAGAUUUCUUCCUGAGGAGCAGUCUGACAUUGAUGGACUAUUCGAUACCUUAUCAGGAUUGAGUGGCUCGGCUGGAGCAAAAAAUGCCAAAGCUGCAAAGAAAACCGUGACUCUGGCAGGACUACAGGCACACACCCGGGAGCCCCUGCCAGAGCCGAUGACUGCUCGGUUGUACAAUGGAAUGAAAAGCAUUGACCUGCCUGGCAAAUCAUCCGGGCUCACUGAACAGAUUUCCAAGGAGCAGUUUGUAAUUUUUAUGUCAAACCUCUUAAAAGGGAAUGCAGAUGAGAAGAUUAGCAUAAUAAUGAGAAUGAUCGCCAAGACCGGAGGGCCUCUGAAGGGCAAACAAAUCCAGGAGUUCACAGAAGAUCUGAUCACAUCUGUAGUCCAUGUACUGAGCUACAGGAAGGAGCUGAAAGGUUGGAGUUUGGAGAAUACAAGGGAUUCUUCGAGUGGGGUCAAAGCUUUGGCUUCUGAGCUGCUCUCAGAAUUGAAGCUUCCAGAUGGGACAAAACCUGUGGGUUCUCAGCUGCUGGAGACAAAUUUUGACCAAAGUGUCGUUGAGGAUUGGGUGUACAGAGUUCCCCAGAUCUCAGUUUUCCUCAGCGUUGUCAUCAGGCAAGGCCUCCACGUCCUGCAUUCCCUCCCGGACCAAACCAACGACAUCCUCAACCUGGUCCCUCACUGCAAAGGCAUCAAAGGAAGAGGAGUUGUCAGUCUCUUUGACAUCCCAGCCAUCAUCUACAUCAACUCCCACCUGCCUGCAGAGAUGCAGCACAAGUGGCAGCUUUUGUUUUCCUCCAGGAUCCACGGGGAAAGCUUCUCCCAGCUGUGUGCCCACAUCGUGAACAAAGGCCCUUGCCUGGUGAUCAUAAGGGACUUGGAUGGUUUCCUCUUUGGUGGGUUUGCAUCUCACUCCUGGGAGGUGAAACCACAGUUUCAAGGUGACAACAGAUGCUUUUUGUUUUCUGUUUUCCCCACUCUGGCUGUAUACACAUACACAGGGUACAAUGACCACUACAUGUAUUUAAACCACGGCCAACAGACUAUGCCAAAUGGACUUGGGAUGGGUGGACAGCGUGGCUACUUUGGGCUCUGGAUAGACAGCGACUACGGGAAGGGCCACAGCAAAGCCAAACCUCGGUGCACCACCUACAACAGCCCCCAGCUGUCAGCCAAAGAGGAUUUUACACUGGAUGCCAUGGAAGUUUGGGCAGUGGGAGAUGUCCCUGAGAGUGCAGGGAGAAAAGGUAAGAAGAGUAUCCUGGAUGUGGAUCCUCAGGCUCAGGCCUUGUUGGAAAUGGCUGGAAAAAGCCGCCAGAGCGAAGGUCUGCGGGAGCCCAUGGAAGAGGAUGAAGAGGAAGAUGAUGAGAGCUAAAGGAGCCGCAGUAACACAAAAAACCUUUACUUUUAUUUCCUUCAAGUGGUGAUGAUGUUUCUUGGACAAGAUAUUUUUUUUCCUUUUUUAUUUCCCCAUUGAAUUUACCUCAUUGUCUGGGACAAAGCUUAAGCCUUGUACUUGUGUAAUAUUUAGGUAAAAGCACUAUUCUGCCUGAAGGGUUUUGUUCGGGGAGGGCAGAAGAAUUAACUGGGGACAUGAUCUUAGGCAUGGCUGAGCUCCAGCUGAAUAUGAAUCUGCUUUCAUUCCCCACAGAUCAUGUCUGCACACUCCACUAAAAGCAGCAGAAGUUAUAGACAGUAUGGCUUUCUGUCCUGGAGAAUUGAUAAUGUACCUAGUCAUAUAUUUAUAAAACCUGUUCAAGGCACUGAUUAAAGCUCUUAUACCUCA